UGGUCAAAUAGAAUCCAAGAUGGCUGCUCACAUGUCAAGAUUAAGGGGCUGGAGCCGAGCGCAGAGGUAUGGCAUCGCAGUAUGUAGGCAGUACAGCAGCGGCAGCGCGUAUCCCAAUGUGUCCCUGUCCACACCGUUACCCGGGAUUCCCAAACCUGUCUUUGCCUCCGUGGACGGUCACGAGAAACACGAGACUAAAAUCACCACCUUAGAAAACGGACUCAAAGUUGCAUCUCAGAAUAAAUUUGGUCAAUUCUGUACAGUUGGAAUUUUAGUAAACUCAGGCUCACGUCAUGAAGCAAAAUAUCCCAGUGGAAUUGCACACUUUUUGGAAAAGCUUUCCUUUUCUUCUACAGCCCAGUUUGGAAGUAAAGAUGAAAUUCUCCUAACACUUGAGAAACAUGGAGGCAUAUGUGACUGCCAAACAUCCAGAGACACAACAAUGUAUGCGGUUUCAGCGGAAGUUAAGGGUCUGGAUACUGUAGUGAACCUCCUGUCAGAUGCGGUUCUACAGCCUCGUUUAUUAGAUGAGGAGAUUGAGAUGACCAGAAUGGCUGUUCAGUUUGAGUUGGAGGAUCUGAAAAUGAGACCUGACCCGGAGCCUUUACUAACAGAAAUGAUUCAUGCUGCUGCGUACAGGGGCAACACCGUGGGCCUGCCUCGCUUCUGCCCUCCCCAAAAUGUUGAGAAAAUUGACAGGAAGCUGCUUCAUAAGUACCUACAGAGCUAUUACUGUCCGGAGCGCAUGGUGCUGGCCGGGGUUGGGAUUGAACAUGAGCAGCUUGUGCAGUGUGCCAGAAAGUAUCUCCUAAAUGUUAAACCAGUAUGGGGUGCGAGCACACCUGCCAACAUCGACCAGUCUGUAGUACAAUACACGGGUGGCAUUAAGAUGGAGAAGGACAUGUCAGAUGUGAGUUUGGGUCCAACACCCAUUCCUGAACUAACACACAUCAUGAUUGGACUGGAGAGCUGUUCCUUUUUGGAGGAUGACUUCAUCCCCUUUGCGGUCCUCAAUAUGAUGAUGGGAGGCGGAGGGUCCUUCUCUGCCGGAGGGCCCGGAAAAGGCAUGUUUACCCGUCUCUACCUUAAUGUGCUCAACAGGCAUCACUGGAUGUACAAUGCUACUUCGUACCACCACAGCUAUGAAGAUAGUGGUCUGCUCUGUAUCCAUGCAAGUGCAGACCCUAGACAGGUGCGAGAAAUGGUGGAGAUCAUUACGACGGAGUUUAUUCAGAUGACUGGGACAGCAGGAGAAAUCGAGCUAGAGAGAGCCAAGACGCAACUGAAAUCCAUGCUCAUGAUGAACUUGGAGUCACGACCGGUCAUCUUUGAAGACGUAGGUCGACAAGUACUUGCGACAGGCAAGAGGAAGCUGCCACAUGAGCUGCGUGAGCUCAUCAGUAAUGUUACAGCCAGUGACAUCAAGAGAGUUACAACGAAAAUGCUGCGUAGUAAGCCUGCGGUGGCAGCACUGGGAGAUCUGACAGAGCUGCCCUCAUACGAGGACAUUCAAGCCGCUCUCUCUAGUAAAGACGGACGUCUGCCUCGCAUAUACCGCCUGUUCCAAUAGAGGACUGACCGCUGGCACCAUCUAGACGCAAAUAUGAGGACUGACCCAACAAAUAUCAUUCUGGACUGGAAUUUAAGUGCAAUGCUUAAACUGUGGUUGCAUUUAAUCUAUACAGUACUUAAAACGUGAGUUUAAAACAAUAGUUGACCCAAAAAUCACCCUCAUGUCAUUUCAAAACUGUAGGUCGAUGAGCUCUAAUGGGUUUGGUUCUUGAACAUAUCUUUUCUGUUAUGCAGAAGAAAGAAAGGUUUGUAAUGACAUGAGGGUGUGUAAGUGACCAUUUUGAAAUUGGCCGAGUUUAAAUUCACACACCAAUGCAUUAUUUUUGCAUGAUUUUGUUGAAUUCGCCAUGUGUUUAAAGUACAUGAAUUUGUUAAUUUCACAUUUCUAUCUUAACUGGCUCGACAAGUGGACUUUUCCAUGGCAUUUGUUCACAUUUCUGCAUUGUUGUUCAUAGGCUGUGCUUUUCGGUGUAAAACUGGGCAAACCCAAAUGAUAUUUCACACAUCACAUACCAAUUUUCAGAAAGUUCUACAAAACUCUUAUGCUUUAGUCAGUAUAUUGAAAUAUCUGAACAGAAUGACACAAACUGUGCGGUUUACCACUUACCCUUGCUGUGAAAACACAGUGUACAUAAUGAUAAUCCCCUUUUCUCUUGCUAAAUCACUGUUAACGUGAACCUCUGAUCACUAAUUAAGAGUUUGUUUGCCAGAUUAAUGUAUGUCUGUUUAGCGGUUUGUGUUGGAUUACCCUACAAGAAUAUAUUUAUUCCCUUGUACUUCAUCAGUACAUGUUUACUGUUAUAUAUUUUUUUUUUCCAUUGCUGCCUAUUAAGAUGAUAGGAAUGGUUGAAACUGUAAUGAGCAAAAACCCUCAUGUUCCCUUAAAAAAUAAAAGCUUGAUCCUUUGUAUUAUUUAUUUCAUGUACACAUUUGGUCCAAAAUGUGUAAUCGAAACAAAUAAGAAAUAACACCUCAAGUAUGAGUUUUGGUAUUACUUUACAUAGUAAAUAAACAUUUA